UGCCAAGCUCCAUCCAGUGCUGAGAACCGGAGCAUUUGCGCAGAUAGUCUGCGCUGCCUUCGCCAGACACACAGCAUUUUUAGCCGGGGAAGUUUUUUUUUUGUUGUUGUUGUGUUUCUCUGUCUCGCUGCCGAGCAAUCCGUCUGCAAAGUGUCUGCAAGGAGCAGAGCGACCGACCUCUGCUUUACCGGACUCGUGCAUCAGCAUCAGGGAUUUUAAUCAUGGUGAUCAAAGUGUACAUAGCAUCGUCCUCUGGAUCCACUUCGAUUAAAAAGCAGCAGCAGGAUGUGAUGGGCUUCCUGGCGGCCAAUAAGAUCGAAUUCGAGGAGUGUGACAUCGCAGCCAACGAGGCCAACAGAAAGUGGAUGAGAGAGAAUGUUCCGGAGGAGUCCAGGCCGGCUACGGGGAACCCUCUCCCCCCACAGAUAUUUAAUGAAAGCAAAUAUUGCGGGAACUACGAGGCCUUCUUCGAUGCCAGAGAGGACAACGCUGUUUAUGCAUUUCUGGGUCUGACCGCUCCCCCGGGCUCGAAGGAGGCAGAGGCUCUAGCGAAGAAAGCACAGCAGUAGCAGCUUUACAUCGUUCCUACCUGAGACCUCAGGCCUAGACCGAAACACAGACCUGGACCCAGACUGACCUGGAACUGAUCCAGGAAAAAAAAAAAAAAGCAACAUUUCACUCAGCUUAUAAAAAUGUGGACCGUUUUUUCAGUAUGUUUUUCUUAAUUUAUCUGUGUUCAGCUGUGCCUUGUCAGCUGUAGUGAAGGGAGGUACUAAAGCAGAGCAUUAUGGGUAUCUACAAACAGCACUGCUUCCUCCCAUUAACCUCAGACUGCUAAGCCUAUUGGCCUAAUGACAUGUCAAUCAACCAUUAGCAUGAACGUGUAUCAUCAAACGCAACAACAUGCACACACUUUGAAAAUUGUAACACAGAUUCACCAUUCGGCCAACGGAACAUCAUCCAUGUUAACGUCACAUCGUGGAACAUUAUCAUCAUUUGUUUAACUCGACAGGUUGAAUUAGUACAAGUCUUAUAUGUUUAAUCCUGGAAACAGUGAGUCAACUAUUGUUCUCCUGCUAGUCCUGUCAUCACUAAGACUGCAGCACCUUCUGUAGAAGUGACAUUACAAUCCCAGUCUCUAUGUUUUUAUUUACUUUUUAUUGUCUUUAUGCUGUUUUAAUAGCAAACCUUUUUCUACAAGAUGAUAUAUGUUUAAAAAAAAAAAGAUAAUACAUGCCAAAAUUACAAGACUGCAAACGUAGAGGGAUGUGAAAUUAUUAUUUUUUUUAUGUAUUGUUUUUGUUUUUAGGAGAGUUGAACAGCUGUUUCGUUUCGCUGUAAGCAUCCUGUUUCACAUUGUGUUGGUAAUCCCUGUCUUACAUAAGUUAGUAUCUUCCCUAAAAUCAAAUAAAAAUAAGACUGCAAAUAAAACUGCAAGCCUGACUCUCAGUAGUCCUUCAUGGUUGUGAAGUUUCAAUAAUGACAUAGUCAAACACAUUGAAAUAAACUGAAAUAAAUUCUGCCUUCUUAUAACGUUCUGUUAUUUUUAUGCACAAUAAAUGAUUUUAAGUUUA